AGGAUCUCAGAUGAAGUCGGUGCAAUUUAUCUAAGCAUCUUCAGCAACCAUGCUAUACUUGAUUGUGUUUCUUGGGGGGGUAGUUUUCACUAGCAAGUUUCUGGAUGUGAAUUCUGCCCCGAGGUAUAAGGAUAAUAGAUCUUCGUUGCUGAUGAGCCACGAAAUUGAAGAUGAAGGGGACGGAAAUUGUAAGAUCCACAGGAACACUGGGGUCUUAUUCGAGCACUUUCCUGCUCUGGCCUCAGCAGAUGAAUCUUUAAUCUCUACUGAAGUAAUCGCUGUGUGCGAAUAUCCAGUUGAUGAAACGAUGUGGUGUCCGGAUCGUGGUUCAGAAGGUGUUACUGCGAUCCACGUUAUUUUCCCGCCUCGAAAAAUCGUCAUAGCGAAACCUCGUCAACUGGAGCUUUGGUGUUGGACUCAACGAUUUCCGAAUGCGAGCACGAUAAGGGUUGAUGACAGGAUCGAGUGCCUGAACGUUAUGUCCGUGACGGACGUGCUUCGAAUCGAAAAGGGAUGUCAGUCAGUUGGCGGAGAUCUUUCUGAUGCUGAUAUUGACGAUGGUAAUGGACGCCUAAGCUCGAAUGACGACGAUAGAAGACUUUCUGAGAACCCGAGCAGUUAUGGAUGGGAAGAUGAUGAAGCGAUGAUGCAUCCCGUCGUGAGACUGAAUAACGGUGUCUCACAAGGCGUGGGUGGUAGUGCACUGACGGGUGACCCAGGGGCAAAAAUCCAUAUGAUCGUUGUCGACGCAAAUGAGUCUUCUUUGUUGGCCAGGGGUAAAGCCAGUGCUGUCGGUGACGUGGGGAACAAUGAAGCUAACGCUGCCAGCUUUACUCAUAGACGCUUCUGGGAUAAUUUUUCGAGGAUUAUGAUCCCUGCUGCCAUGUUUGUUCGGAGGUGGAUUCUCUGAAAAGUUUUACAAAUGUGAGUUUCGCCAUCCAUCGGAUUUUGUGCUGAAAUGUGCUUUGUUGACCCCUGCGAAAAGUGAGGCUGACAAGAUGUUCGCUGACGGAUUCCCGAAUGAUGGUGUGUUUUUUUUUUUUUUUGGCUUGUUCUUGCUGGACGGUUGUUGAAUAUUCAUCGGUCGGUUGUGCGUUUAUUCUGUGAUGGGCAUGGUUUCAGUCUUCGUUUUAUGGAUGAACUUUUUCAAGAAGUCAAGAGACCCCUUAUCAUUCCUUUUCGAUCUGAUGUUGCAUGAUAACCUGCACUAAUUCUAUAUCUUGAAAGAUCUGUCAUUUGAAUCAACACGUUUCAAAGUCGUUUCCAUAAUCAAAACGUUACUGACUAUUUCAAGGUUCUAUCGCACGGUAAACUUUUCAAGAAACCGAAGAAUAUUCUUGUAAAAGAGGGUCGAAUACUGUACAGUAGUUCCUUGAGGCGAAGAGCAUUUUUUGUGGGUUCCUUGGUUUUUACGAAUUUUCCAAAGCUUCUCUUGCUUGCGUAGAUUGUAAUGAAAUGUUC